AUGGGAUGCAGAUAUAAAUUGCAAGAUAACAAGACCAAAACUUCACAGAACAGGGCAACAACGUCACGGUACCAUCCUUAUGCUUCCUCAAGCAACAGAAACUGUGGUGAAACAAGCAGGAAUACAGAGCUUCAUGAAAGGUGUAUACCUGCAGAGAAAGAAGACGAAGAGAAAAAGAAAAUUAUAAUGGAAAAGGUUGAUAAUAUGUCAUUAGAACAGUUACGCGACAAAGUCAAGGAAGCAGCACAUGUCAUUCCAGAUCACCUAUUUCCAUUUUUUGAUUCGGAAUCAUCAAGCACCCUCCCACGUCCAAGCUGGUGCAGUUGCGGAAAUUGUGAAAUUAUGGAGGAUGUUCGAAUGAAUACAUGUUGUCGUACCACACCAUGUAUUACUUCCAAGCCAGAAUUCAAAAAUUUAUGUUUGCGACAUGAUGUCAUAGAAGUUGCCAACAUUCUCAACUGGAGUCAUCAAACAAAUCAAGAUGCAGACUUUUCUAAUAAAACUUUUCGAAAUCAAGCUUACAGAAAUUUCAUCCUCUGGCAACAUGGCAAGAUGGGAUCCGGGAAACGCAAGCCAUUACCAGCUUGUACCUACGUUGCAAUAAGAGCAACAUUUCCAUCAAAUGAAUAUUCUGGAUACCAUUCAGCGUUUUCCGAUUCUGAAUAA